AACUACUAUUUUUAUUUUCACUUUUUGAUUUUAUUUUUUUCUUGUGGGAACUGUUUAGCUAGUAAUCAUCCUUUAAUAGUACAUAUAUUUAUUUAAUUUUUGAUAUCUUAUUUUGUAGAACUGUUAAUAGACUGAAACUUGAUUUCAUAUAAAAAUUAUAUCUUUCUUCAACUACAUCACUUCUGCUAUUGUUUAGAGAAUGAUUUUGAUAAGUGGGUCGUGUUUUAUAUUUCAUUCAUUAAGACAUAAGCAGCACUAUUCUCCAAAUUGUACUAAUAUUUAUAUGAUUACAGGAAUAUAUUUGUUUUCUGGGGUCUACCAAGCUCUGUGCAAGUAUUUGUUUGUAGAUUUCUUUCUUUCUUUCUUUUUUUUUUGGGUGUUUAGGUUGUGGUUUGGGGUAAUGCCACAUAUUCGAGUUUCACAUUCUUUUGCAAGAUCACUUCUUUUCAUCUUUAAUUGAAAAGAUAAAUGUGGUACCUACCUGACUGUGGCAUAUUAGUAGUAAAGGUAUUCACACGGUUUAAUGUGAUAUAUUAUAUGCAUCAGUUCCAUCUUAAUUAUCUUUUUAUAAAUUCUUUACUUAUAUCAUUUAAGCUGACAUUACUUUUUUUUCUUGUUAAGAGCGCAUCAGAGUUUCUGAUUUGAAAUGAUAUUGAUUCCUGUAGCAAUACUUUGGAGCUUAUUGUUUGAUUUGCUGAGUAGGGUUUUCAUGAUUGAGUUUUCUGCUGGUUGAAAUUGUUACGCUAGGUCAAGGCCAAUGCUAAAGCAGAAUACAGUUGGAUACCAUAAGACAAUGGUGCUUAUGCUACUGUUUUGUGUUUCACCCUCUGUUUAAGAUAGCGCAUGGAGCUAUUUUCAUUUUUUUUUCUCAUUUUUCUGUUGCAAGUGAUAUAGCUUACUUAACUCUUUCACUAAUUUUGGGUUUGGUGAGAUACUCAACAUGUGCACACUUCACUUUAAUGCUCAAUGGUCGUACGACUCCUUUUGCAUUUUGAAGUUUAUUUAAAUAGUAUAUUGCUAUUGUAAUACUAAUUGUAAGUUUGAGUCCCUUUUUUGGCUAAAAAUGCAUUUUGGAAUUGUAGAUUGAUGGAGAAUGUGUGGUUGAAAAAUAAGUAAAAGUUAUGGACUUGUGUGUAAUAGUAUUUUAUUGGAGAAUGUGUGGUGGAAAAGAAGAGAGAGAUAAAAAUACAUUUUGGAUAUAAUGGGGGAUCAAACAUGUAUCAAGUAUUCUCUAUCUGAACUUUUAGAGACAUUCACUGCAAAAAUAUGUGCUGCUUUGCUAAUGUAGAAAACAUGUGAGCUGCUUGUUAGUAUUUACAAGAAUAUGCUAAUAGUUCUGCUCAUAUUUUACUUCUGCACCAAAUAUCACAGGUGAUUAUGUCAGAAAGAAAACUAACUGGAUAUGGUGUUUUUGAGGAAACCUUUGGGGUUUCAUGUCAUGCAGGAAGUUGAUAGUUGAUAUUAAGUAUCUCUACAGCAACUACUUGAUGGAUCAAGCAAAAUUGAAUUCGAGAACUCAUUGCUUGGGCUCAACACAAUCUGAGGAAUCAGCUAUGGACCUUGAAAAAUACUUUUGCAGUCACUCUUGUCUGCCUUCAAUUAGUCCACCAUCACUUCAACCCCAUGCUUCUGCUGGACAACAUGGUGAGAACAGUGCUGCAUACUUUUCAUGGCCUUGUCGAAUAAAAGAUAAUGCUGAAGAGAGGGCAAAUUACUUUGCUAACCUACAGAAAGGGGUUUUACUUGAGUCACUUGAUGGCCAAUUUCCAGAAGGUCUGCGUGCCAAUACAUUGCUUGAGCUCAUGACUAUUAGAGCAUUUCACAGCAAGAUCUUGCGUUGUUACAGUCUUGGCACAGCAAUUGGUUUCCGAAUUCGACGUGGCGUUUUGACGAAUACACCAGCAAUACUGGUGUUUGUAUCACGGAAAGUCCACAGGCAGUGGCUUAGUCCAAUGCAAUGCCUACCAACUGCUUUGGAGGGACCAGGAGGGGUGUGGUGUGAUGUGGAUGUAGUGGAAUUUUCAUAUUUUGGUGCUCCAGAGCCAGCGCCCAAGGAACAAUUAUACACUGAGAUUGUUGAUGACCUCCGUGGGAGUGAUCUAUUUAUUGGUUCAGGUUCUCAGGUUGCAAACCAAGAAAAUUACGGGACCUUGGGUGCUAUCGUGAGGAGCCAAACGGGCAAUAGACAAGUUGGUUUCCUGACAAAUCGACAUGUUGCUGUUGAUUUAGAUUAUCCGAAUCAAAAGAUGUUUCAUCCUUUACCGCCAACACUUGGUCCUGGUGUUUAUCUUGGUGCAGUUGAAAGAGCAACUUCAUUCAUCAGAGAUGACCUCUGGUAUGGAAUAUUUGCUGGCAUAAAUCCAGAGACCUUUGUGAGAGCAGAUGGUGCCUUUAUCCCUUUCACUGAUGAUUUUGACAUGACUGCUGUAACUACAUCCGCCAAAGGGAUAGGAGAGAUUGGAAAUGUUAAAAUUAUUGACUUGCAAUCUCCAAUUGACAAUCUCAUUGGAAAGCAAGUAAUGAAAGUUGGAAGAAGUUCUGGUUUGACCACAGGAACUGUAUUGGCAUAUGCUCUCGAGUACAAUGAUGAAAAAGGGGUAUGCUUCUUGACUGAUUUUCUUGUUGUCGGCAAGAACAAACAAACUUUUGACCUUGAAGGAGAUAGUGGAAGUCUUAUCGUUUUGACGGGUGAAAAUGGAGAAAAGCCACGUCCAGUUGGGAUAAUCUGGGGUGGGACUGCAAAUAGGGGCCGGCUUAAAUUAAAAGUUGGCCAGCCUCCAGAGAACUGGACCAGUGGAGUUGAUCUUGGGCGGCUACUCAAUUUCCUUGAACUCGAUCUGAUCACCACAAAUGAAGCUCUGAAAGUUCAAGAACAGAGAACUGCUUCCAUGACGGUAGUUGGCUCUAACACUGGGGACUCCUCACCUCCAGACGUAAUGCUUCCAAAGGAUGUAUCCGAGCCAUUGGGUCUUCAUAUACAACAUAUCCCCUUGGAAGAUGGUGCAGGUGGUCCGGAUAUAAACUCAUCGCCAGUGGAAACAACAUUUGAUUUGGAAGAAGGGGUAAACCCAGGUCCAAAUGUUGAACAUCAGUUCAUACCAAGCUUUAAUGGGGAAUCCAUAAUUCAUCGAGAUGAUCAACAAGAAAGACUGAUGUCUGGCAAUCUCUCUAUAUUGAGGAAUGCUUCUGAUGAAGACAUUCAAUUUUGCUUGCAACUGGGCAAAAACGAGCCCAAGAGAAGACGAUCAGAGCCUAUAAUACCGUGAGUGGAAGAACCGUGACAAUUUUUCUCGUUUUCUACCUUUUUUUCUUUAAAGGAACCUUGAGUGAAAACUGUAACUUGAGAUAAGAUUCGCAGGAGUCUAAUACAGUUUGUCUAUGGUAUAGCGGUGCUACAUGUUGUCUUUCUUGCCUCUCAAGCUGAGGCAGAGCGCAAAAUGCUGAAAUGUGCAUUAUUUCUAAUAUGCUAUAUUGCUAUUCA